GGUAAGCUCGCCGCAAUAAUAAGCAACCCCGGGGUCCAGCGCUGCUAUUAAUAUAUAAUUCCGGUCCCUCCUCGGUGACAGUCUGUCUGAAUAUCUGGUUACAUCAAAACUUACUAGCUCCUCUCCUCUCCGUUCACUGUCGGUUUACCCUUUCUAUCUUCUCUCAUAGUCACCAUGUCUCUCAAGAACGACGCUUUCCCUUCUUCUGCCGCCUUCGACGCCAUCAACUCGACUCUACAGGCUGAUGCUGCCGAGCGCAAAGAGGCCAUCAACAAGGCUAAAGCGGUGGUCGCUUUCAACAUCAAGAACGAUAAGGGCAAAGAAGAGAGCUGGUAUCUCGACCUCAAGGACAAGGGUGUUGUAGGCAAGGGCGCCGCCCCUGAGGGAGGAAAAGCUGAUGUGACUCUCUCCCUUUCGGAUGCCGACUUCAGUGCCCUCGUAAGCGGCAAGGCCAAUGCUCAGAGGCUCUUUAUGGGUGGGAAGCUCAAGAUCAAGGGCAACAUCAUGAAGGCGACCAAGAUGGAGCCUGUCCUGAAGAAGGCCCAGGGCAAGGCUAAGCUAUAGAUACCCGGUUUUUGUUCGUUAUCUUUUUACUACAGUUGAAACAUCAAUAUUGAAACACUGCUGGUAUUGUGUUUUUUUUUAUGUGUCAGCUGGUACUGUUUGCAUUGUAGGCUACAGGGCACUGCUACUAUCUAUGUACUAGGGGUAGGCUUAAGAAUGCUGCGACGUCAUUUCAAUCAGG